AUGGAGAAGUACGAGGUGCGGGAGGGGCGCGCGGGGGCCCUCUCAUUUCUGGAGGGAGGAGGUAGCCCCUCUUUGCGUCAGCUGGUGGGCGGAGUCCUGUGGCUCAUGUACGUUGACCUCUUUGUACAGGUCCUGCACCCACUGUCCGACGGUGCGCUCGGGACGAUGCUGGUGGUCAGGUCAAAAACAGAGGAAGAAAAGGAUGGUGGGAAAAAGAAGUAUAUUUUGAAAAAGGUCAUGGCUUUGCUGAAGCUGGAGCAUCGAAACAUCUGUGCCUACAAAGAAAUGUUUAUCAUUUGGGAUAACAAGAUCUCGUCCAUCUUUCUUUGCCUGGUGAUGCAUUACUCGGGUCAAGGUGACCUUUCCAUGUUGAUCAAAGCCAAGAGGCAAAAACGUGAGGAAAUUCAGUUCAGGGUAGUUCAGAUAUUCCUGGGGCAGAUGGUGGAUGCUUUGCUUUACAUCCAUCAACAAAAUAUUUUUCACAGAAACAUCAAACCAUCCAACAUCCUGCUAAAUGGUGAGGCGUCCUUCAUGCUUGGUGACUUCAGUUCAGAAACCCUCAUGACGGAUGAGAUGAAAUGGAAGAUAAGAGUACAAGAAGUUCCUCACUUUAAAUCCUGGAUGGCGCCAGAAGCUCUCAAGUUCUGCUUUAGUGACAAAUCGGACAUCUGGUCGCUUGGCUGUGUUCUACUGGAGAUCAUGAGCUGCUCAGCCUUGAAAGCACAUUCCUCUUCUGACAUAAAAGCAAAAGAGCCAGUUUCGUUAUUGCAUGACAUUAGGGAGAAUACCAGUGCUCUGGAGGAGGCCUUGAUAUCCGUGAGGUAUCAAGAUACACCUUUGUCUUCUCUUCUGACUCAGAUGCUGAUGAUCGAUCCGACCAUGAGGCCCACUGCACAGGAGCUGGUUGAGAAUCCAUUCAUAAGAGAAUGUCUGAGUCUAGCUGACUCUCCUCUAGUGAAAGUUAAGCAGAGCCUCCCACCAGGACUGGCGGACGUUAUCCUGAACAGUGAGAUCCAGGCUGUUCUCGAGAUCAUGGUGUCCUACGAGGACAUUGAGGAAGCCCAGGUCAAGUGCAUCAAGCGCCUUAUUAGCCUCCUGAAAGCCGCAAAAGCCGUAGGACAAAACCUCAGUGUGGAAACGCUGGCUGAGGAAAACACCCUCCGCUGCCUGACCAACUCCAUGAGGACGCACUUCGACAGUGAAGACCUGCUCUGGAUGAUCUGCACCAUCUUCAUGAUGAUGGCGAGCAACGAAGUGGCCGCAGAGGCCUUGAGGAAAGCCGAGAUCUUCACAGACAUCCUGACCAUCCUGGGUAGUUUUGCCCAAAACAGAGAGAUCUGCCUCGUCGGCUGUGGGCUUCUUUGGAGCCUGACCGUGAACAUGACUGACGUGGCCGAAAGUCCACCGAAAUAUGCCAUUGAGCUCGUCUCCAUCCUCCUCCACAUGCACCUUGACCACGCGGAAGUGGCAGAAUCGGCCUGCUGCGCCUUUUGGGCCCUGUCGCUUCACGGUUGCAUAGAUGAAGUGAACUAUGAACCUUAUGCCUUGCUUCUUCUGGAGGCUCUCCGGCACCAUCCCGAAAGGCCAGUGCUGGCGAAAAAUGCUUGCCUUGCCUUGGCAAGCCUCCUGAGGACAUCUGAGUUAUCUGGUUUCAGGUUCAUCGUCACAGAUGAGAAGGGCAACGGAAUAACCCUGCUGAAAGAAUGCUACCAGCUGCACCGUGAGGAUCCUGAAGUGGUGGAAGACAUUUGUGUGCUGAUCGACGAGAUGUUUAAGUACGAAGAAAUCGUGUUGGAGCUGGUUUCCCAGAACAUUACAGAGGUGCUGACGGAAAUGAAGAGCAGGUUUACAUCCAGCCUGGAAAUAGUGGCCCUAGCAAACAAGGCUCUCUCGAAACUGCAAAAGAAAGGGCACCUUGCUUGAAACAAAGCCAAACUUGCUGGAAGAAAUUCCUGGUUUGCCUCAAGCCACCUGCUGUCACAAGAUGAAUGGCAAAAGGACUUGGGGAAAUGUGCCUUUUGCUGCAUUUUU